AUGUCGGAGGAGCUGUGCGCGAGGCAGCUCCGCUUCAGCAAGGAGGCAAUCCGGCGCCUGUGUGACAUCCUGCAGGAGGACUUGAGGCCCAGCUCCAAAUGCCGCACGGCUUUAUCCGUGGCAACGAAGGUAACGACCGCCCUGAAUUUUUACGCGUGCGGGUCCUUUCAGUCCAGCGUCGGUGACAUGUGCAAGAUCACCCAGAGCGCGGCCAGGGCCUGCAUCCACCAGGUCACCGACGCUGUCUUCCGCAGGGCUUCUGAUUUCAUUCAUUUUGACAUGUCCCCAUCGCAGGCGAGUGACAGGGCCAUCAGGUUUCACCGCAUCGCCGGCUUCCCCAAAGUGCUCGGGGUGAUCGGUGGAACCCACAUCCAGCUGAAGGCCCCGAACGAUGAGCCCGUUUCCUACAUUAACAGGAGGGGGUUCCACUCACUCAAUGUCAUGAUCAUUUGCGAUGCCCAGAUGCGCAUCCUGAACGUGAACGCAGAUCAAAAGGGAAGCGCCGACGACGCCCUGGUCCUGGAGAACUCAAACCUGUACCACUUCAUGAGCAAGUUACCGCAGAGAGCUGGCUGGCUGUUAGGCGACAAUGGCUACCCACUGAAAACGUGGCUGAUGGUACCUUACAGCAGGGCCAAAAAUGAAGCGCAGGAAAGUUAUAACCGGGCUCACGUCUGCACGCGCCAGAGGGUGGAGGGGACAAUCAGGCUGCUGAAAUCACGUUUCCGGUGCCUGGACAGGACAAGGGGCAUUUUGCAAUAUUCUCCGGUUAAGGUGUCGAAGAUUGUGGUGGCCUGCUGCGCCUUGCACAACUUUGCCUUGCAGGAAGGGCUGGCCCUUCCCCCCACGGAGGAGGGGGUGCCAGAAGCGGAGGAGAUGGAGGACGAAGAUGUGGACGCCGAUGGGGCCGGGCCUCAGGAGGAGCCCCAGGAAGCUCCGGCUGCGGCUGCCAGGGCGGCUAGAGAGCAGCUGGUGGAUGAUAGAUUCGGACUUUGA